UUUUUUGCCUCAUGUGUUGGCACAGCUGGAACCUGUCAAUUGUCAGCAAUUGUGUUUUGAGGUUAUGGAAGCAAAAAAUUAAAUGUAUCGUUUAAAAUUAUUAAAAUUUCUGGCACAACAAGCCGUAAAAAGUGGCAAGCCACAAAAAGCAAAUACAUUGCUAAAUAUUAAGCAAUACCCACACCUGCUAAACUGUAAAUUUCGGGAAAAUGCCCAAACCGAAGUUCUAACCUCCAACACACGAUUAUUCUCACAUGCUGCAAAUAUUCCACAAGAAAAAACCGAGCAGGAGUUUUUAGUACGUCUCAAAAAUGACCCUGACACCUUUGGCGACCCCGAAGAAAGGGAGGAAAUUUACGAAAAAGACCUGGAAGAGGAAAAGGACUGGUCCGAAAAAACAAUCCCCUUGAAACGGCAAAGCACAAAACAGUACGCCGACAUGAUAAAAGCACUGAUCAAGCAACACAAAAUCAAGGAAGCAAUCGACGUGGUUGAGGUGAAAAUGAUCAAGGAAGACAAAGUCAAGCCAGAAAAUUACAUCUACAAUUUAUUAAUCGGCGCUUGCGGCCGUGUGGGGUACACGAAAAAGGCGUUUUCUGUCUACAACCAGAUGAAAAAACGCGGCUUGAAAAUCACAGCUGGCACGUACACAGCGUUGUUCAACGCCUGUGCCAACAGCCCCUGGCCAGAAGACGGCCUAACCAGAGCCCGAAAGCUGCAAAACAUAAUGAUAGAGAAAAUGUACGAACCGAACGACACAAAUUAUCACGCCAUGAUCAAAGCGUUCGGGCGCUGUGGUGACCUCCCAGCUGCGUUCAAAUUAGUUGACGAAAUGGCCGCGAAAAAAGUCAAAAUCACCGGAGAUACGAUGAACUUCCUGCUGCAAGCUUGCAUCCAGGACAGGGAAGCGGGCUUUCGCCACGCUUUGUUGCUCUGGCGCAAAAUGGUAGACAAGCGAAUUGCGCCAAACUUGUACACUUACAACUUAAUCUUGAGGUGUGUUCGUGACUGCGGGCUUGGUAAUUUGGAAGUUACGAACGAAACGUUGCAAAUAAUUUUAAAAAAAAAUCUGCGGUUGAGUGGCGGUGACAAUAAAUUGUUGCUAGAGGGCUCAAACGAUGGCAAAUGUUUGAUCCAAAGUAACGAAUUAGUGGGCGAAGUCGACCAUUGCCGCCCGAAUCUCAUGGCAAGAGUGCCCCAUCUAGGGAAUAUUAUUUCGUUGUCUGAAAUUACCAAGCCUGAGGAUAGGUUGCUGCUAGUUGGGGGUUUGAGGGGUUUUUUGGGGAAUAUGACGGAGAGUGGUUGCACGCCUGAUAUUAAGUCGUUUACCCAACUUUUGGACUGCUUACCUGGAAGUGAAGCUGCUGAGAAAGAGCUCUUACGAGAAAUGAAAAGACUUGGGGUUAAGCCGGACAUUGACUUUUUCAAUAUGUUGAUUAAGAAGAGGAGUAUGCGGUUUGAUUAUGAAAGCGCAAAGGCCGUUUUGAACGACAUGAAAAAAUAUAACUAUCGACCAAAUUUGAUAACGUAUGGGGUUUUAUCGCUGGGUUGUAAAACUAAAGAAGAGGCUUUAGAAUUACUGAAAGAAAUGGAAGCACACUCAUAUAGGCUAAAUACUGAAAUUUUGGGGGCGAUGCUGCACCAGGCUUGCUACCACAAAAACUUCCCCUACGUACUUGAAAUAAUGGAAAUUAGUUUGCGAGAGAACGUGAAGCCGAAUAAGAAGUUUAUGGAAUGUUUGCACGAUUUUAAAAAGAAGUGCAAAGAUAUCUCAAAUGAUAAGGAAAAUACAUUAUCGCAAAGUGGAUUUUUCCAAAAGGGAUUUAGAAUAUUCCAGAUGAGGUACAAGACGUGGCUGGAUGAGGUUGAAGUUGAUGAUAGUGAAGACGUCCAUCCUUGGGCCCAGUUCAGACAGACAAGUGAUACAGACAGUAGGCAUUACAAGGAUAAAUCACAGAGGUUUAAAGCCAGACAUUUGUCACGAUUUAAAGUCAAAACAUCAACGAAACGUAAAGGAAACGAACGUUAAAUUGUACCUUGUGCUAUUUCUUCAGACAUGUUGAAAUAAAGUCACGAAGCUGUGGUAGCACUGAGGUAUGUAGUCACGUGUUAGCAUAUGCAGAAUACAUAAUCAGCAGAGCGCAUGAGUAAUUUUGUACCGUGAUUUUUAUCUACUACUUAUUAGAUUAUUAAAAAAGUUAAUUAAAAUUUGCA